AUGGAAGAUUCAAACAACAACAACUCCACGACUGCUAAAAACGAAUCAUUGCACCAGUUAUUUCCACCACCAUCACCACCACCACCAUUAUUGAUGAUGAUGAACAACAACAACCAUGGUUCUCAACACGAUCAACAACAACAACAACCAAUUCAAUCUCAAAAUUCUUCACCCAAAAUACAUCAUCAUCUCUCCAACAAUAAGAACAAAUUUCGAAACUCCGAACCUCAAUCAUGGGGUGAAUUAUUGAACUUGUAUCGAUUAGAAAAAUCCACCACUCAUGAUCUCAUUCAAAAACCUGAACCCAUAUAUAGACAAACACGAGAUAAAAGUUACAAUUGGAGAGAAAAACAACGAGAGAUUAACCCAAUUCUACAACAAUUCAUUGAUCCUGAAAGAGAAUCUAAAUAUAAAGAAUUUGAACAUGAAUUACAAAUCAAACAAAUGAAUAGAGCUAUGGAUAGGACUAAUUGUUUGGAAAGUCAUUUUGAUAUUGUUACAUUAAAGGAUAAACGAAGAUCAUCGAUGGAUUAUGAUUUUUAUUUCUCAACCAAACGAGUAGAAAAAGGAAAGAAAAUGAUUUCUGAUCCUUCUAUUACUAAAUUAUCUGAAAGUAAAGAAUUGAUUGACAGACAAACCAAAUUGAAGAAGUUUAAAAAGCCUCCAAAGAUAUUUGAUGACUUUUAUCUCAUUUACAAAACACAUGAUGCAGAUCGUUUAUUGAGGCAAGAAUUACAACAACGAGAUGAAUUUAUUAAAACAAGAUAUGAUUCGAAAGUGAGAGACAAGUUUCAUCCCAUACUUCAAACGUAUUACCAUAAUGAUGAAUUGGAGAGGGUUGAGAGAGAGAAAGAAGAAAACUUAAAAAGAGAUACCUUAUUGUACAAAUUAUCAAAAGAACCAGAGACAGUUAAAAAAUUAAACGAAGGAAAAGCAUAUAAUAUUAUAACAAAAGAGAUUAUUGAUAAAGAAAAGACAGAAGAAUUGCAGACAUUAAUUGAUGUUUAUGAACACAGACAACCUAUUGCAAAAGUUAAAUAUAAUUAUGAAAAACAAUUAAAAGAAAGGGAUGAGAUUCUUGAUAAGAGAAAUGAAGAUCGAACACUCAACACUAAAACAAGCACAUUUGGAAGGAGAGAAAUUUUAGGUCUCACAGAUUACAAUAUUUUGAAUGGAGAAAAGAAGACAUUCUCACAUGAUUUAAAACCCAUACCUGUAUGGAAAUAUGUUGAAAAGGACUCGUCGAAAAGCAGCAAAUCAGCAAGCCCAAAAUCUUAUCAAAUAAAACUGAGAUGA